CGUGUAUUAUUUUCAACACCCAGUCUAGAAGAAACAAACAUCCCACCAUGGAGGCCAUGACCGAAGUGGGCGCAAGAAAGCUUCCAGCCAAGGCCAGCGAAGACAUCGCCGUAGACAAUGACGCCCCCACGGGCUUUGGCAAGGCGUCGCUGCCCGAGAACUGCAUGGAGUACAUGGUGUUUCUCAUCGAUAACCAGCUCAACGCUCGCCAGGUCCUCUCGCGUCUGGAGUCCGUCAAGAAGGCCGCGCUGCAGUUGGCAGCUGGGCUCACAAAGGACUACAUCUGGCAGCGAGAAAGUUUCAGCCUUGAGGUGAAAAGCCGCGCUGGCCUCUUGUUUCUUCAUGGCAUCACGGAUCACGGCGAUUCGGUAGAGGACGAGUGGCUCAUAGUGUACAUGCUGCGUGAGCUCAGCAAGUCCUCCAAGGAGAUAUGGAUCCGAGUCUUGGACAGCGACGGCGAGUUUCUGCUCGUCGAAGCCGCCAACGUCGCCCCGAAAUGGCUGAAUCCGGAAAUGGAUAGUAACCGAGUUUGGAUCAACGAUAACAGGCUCCUGCUCGUGCCCUUGUCAGAGAAGGACAAGAGCGACCCCGCCUCCACAAAGUCCAUCGCCCUGUCCGACGCGGUGAGCUUCAUCGCCUCAACCCCCGACGCGCUGGUCCACUCGACAUUUGUCGAGUCCGAGGCCUUCUACCGCCUGGAGAAGUACCCCGGCCACAUCGCCGACGCCAUCCACUGCUCGCUAGUCACCAUCCCGCGCAAGCUGGCCUACCUGCUACACGACCGGCCCAAGGCCAUCGCGCCCGCCGUCGAGGCCUUCUACCUGCGCGACGUAUUAUCACUAACACCCAUCUUCACGGCCGCGUCUCCCACCGACCUUGAGUUCCCACCCGCUGACCUCGUGACUGUCAGCGUGCGCUUCACAAAGGUCCUGUUUGCCCAGCUUAAGUCGCAGCGUUUCAGCCCGCCGCCGGCCUGGGAGACACUGAUCGGGAAACCGCCAUCCAACAUCGACGAGGCUGCCGCCCCGCCGUACUCGGCACAGGCGCGCCUCGAGAUGGGUAUGAAAGUGACGACAGGCUUCGAGCUGAUGGCGGCCGGUGCGGACCAGAGCCGGAGCCGCGUGGCCCGCGAGGUUGGCAUCAUACUAGAGGACCUUCGCGAGGAUGGCGGCGCCGACCUGCCAACAGACGAAGCGAUCCGCGGCUGGGACGGUGUCGAUAGGGACGACGAUGAGGCUUGGUUGGACAUCAACUUUGAGGACUUUGACCGGGAGCUACAGGGUGCAGGAGGGAAGAAGGCAGGAACGCGGGGUAAGGACACAGCCGACGGCGCCGCUCCCUCCUCCGGGUUCGGCAACUCGGCGGCCGAGGCCGACCUGCGUAAAAUGGUGUCCCGAUUUGAGGCGUUCCUCAACGACGACGAUGCGGGCAUCGACGGCGCCGAGGUCGACGACAUGGACAUGAACAACGACGACGAAGACGACGACAGCGAUAGCGAUAUAUCCGACGACGAGGACAAGGCCGUCAGCUUCGACGAGGAGGAAUUCCACCGCAUGAUGAGGGAGAUGAUGGGUCUACCGGCCACAGCGAGCAGCACCCAGGACAAAACGGCGGCGGCAACGGCGGCAACGGCGGCAACGGCGGCAACGGCGACAUCACACAAAAAGGCAGCCCAUGCCAGUGCCAGCGACGGCGACGGCGACGAAGAGACCGAGGCCAUCAGGCAACUCGCGGCGCAGAUGGAGGCGGAGCUGAACGAACACGGGGCCUUGAAGCUCGACUCCAAGUCAGGCAAGAAGCAGGGCGCCCUGGAAGGGAAAGGCGCAGGCCAGGAAGGGUCGUCCAGCAGCGCCGACGCACAGGCAGGGGAAGACAGCGACGAUGGGAGCGACGACGAGGUGGACAUCGACUACAACCUGGCCAAGAACCUGCUCGAGAGCUUCAAGGGCCAGGUCGGGGCGGCAGGGCCCGCCGGGAACAUCCUGAGCAUGCUGGGCAUGAGCCUGCCGCGUGACGAGGACGACAGCGACGACGACGAGAACGAAGUGAAUAACGCCAGAAACGCUACGAAGGCUGUGUGAUGGAAACCAAGACCAGAGCUAGCUGUAAGGAAAUAUAAUAUAUAUGUAUAACCCGCCGCUGUGUUUAUCAAUCGACGCAACGCCCCUUUUCGU